AUGUCUGGUCGUGGAAAGAAACUGGUGACCGCUGCUGCAAAGACCAAAACCUCUGUGUCCCGAUCGACACGGGCGGGUCUUCAGUUCCCGGUAGGCCGCAUCGCACGUCUCCUGCGGAAGGGAAACUUCGCCGCUCGUAUCGGCUCUGGUGCGGCGGUCUAUCUGACGGCGGUAAUUGAGUAUCUAUGCGCAGAAGUGCUGGAGCUGGCGGGCAACGCAAGCCGUGACAACAAGAAAAUGCGCAUUGCUCCCCGUCACAUCCAGCUGGCGGUGCGGAACGACGAGGAGCUGAACACCCUGCUUGGAGGCGUCACUAUAUCUGAAGGCGGCGUUCUGCCCAACAUUCAGGCGCAGCUGCUGCCCAAGAAGACCAAAACCUCCAGCAAAGACGUCCAGUCACAAGACUUUUAA